UUUGCAUCCAACAUUUAUUAUUCCUUGUUGUUUUAAAAUGAGCCAUUAUAUAUAGCUCAAAACCUUUCUCCAGGAUGGAUCCAGAAUGAUUAUUAUAUAUAUCCUAAUAAUAGUAUUAUCCUCCUGAUUCUUUAUGUAUGGGGUAUAUAUGAAUGAUGUACAUAUAUAAAAUAACUUCCUGAUGAUCGAUUUUUCAUGGAUGGUGUUUUAAUUUAUUGCAAUUUCUUGCAAGAAGCAUAAAAAUGGCUGUAAGGGCUGUCCCUGUUUCAGAAAAGCAUCUUCUUGAUAAUGUACCAGAAAAUGACGGAGCUAAGUUCUGCCUCCCCACUUCUGCCCAAGGCGGCGGAGAAAAUGGAAAUGUCGACGGGAGAAGAGGCGUGAAGAUGUGGAGGGAGAAGGAGAAGAGGUUUGUGGUGAUGGGUCACAGAGGAAAUGGGAUGAAUAUGCUGGAGUUAUCCGAUCGGAGAAUGAAGGCUAUCAGAGAGAAUACAAUCCGUUCUUUCCUGAACGCCGGAAAAGUUGGUCUUGAUUUCGUUGAAUUCGACGUCCAGGUGACAAAGGAUGGUUUUCCGGUAAUUUUCCAUGAUGUCUUCCUCUUUACCGAAGAAAAGGGCUUAAUCACUGAGAAGAGAGUUACAGAUCUCAGUUUGGAUGAGUUCCUUUCCUAUGGACCCCAAAGGAGUGCAGAAAAUGUUGGAAAGCCGAUAUAUCGAAAAACGAAAGGAGGGACAAUCUUUGAAUGGGCUGUUGAAGAUGAUGAUCAUCUAUGCAUACUGAAAGAUGUAUUUCAGAGCGUUAAUGACUCCUUAGGCUUUAACAUUGAACUGAAGUUCGACAACAACAGAGUUUACACAGAAGCAGAGCUUGUAAGAGUUAUUCAAGUGAUCAUGCAGGUUGUAUUGGAUGAUGCUAAAGAGAGAGUGAUAAUGUUUUCAACUUUUCAUCCUGAUGCAGCCCUAUUAAUCCGCAAGCUACAAAAUCUCUACCCUGUUUUCUUCCUAAGCAAUGGAGGAAAUGAACUGCACUCAGACUCGAGAAGAAACUCAUUAGAAGAGGCGGUAAAGCUGUGUUUGGCAGGGGGGCUCCAAGGAAUUGUCUCAGAGGUGAAAGCCAUACUGAGAAAUCCUGGUGCAAUUACCAAAAUUAAAGACUCCCAUCUUUCUCUCAUAACAUAUGGUCAGCUCAAUAAUGUGGGUGAGGUUGUGUACAUGCAACGCAAUAUGGGCGUUGAGGGCGUCAUCGUUGAUGUUGUUGAAGAGAUUAUGGAAACGGUAUCGGAACUCGACGACAGAGACGGUGGUGAAAGGGGUCAAGCUUUGUGCAUAGAUGAGAAGACGGUGCUAAUGGAGAAAAUGGAUCGCCAUUGCUCUAAGGAAGAAAUCUUGUGUUUAUUCAGCCUUCUCCCUCAACUGCUGCAUCAGUGGUGUUGAAGGAGUGCAUCUUGUGUUUAUUCAGAUAUUCAUUUUUUAAAAAAGUUUCAUACGAUGUACUGCAUAGUAUAUCAUGUGUUCGGAUUUUUUUGUUGGAGAGAUUUUUUUGUUGGAGAAAGUUGCAUAUUUUUUCUCGUAAUUUAUGGAGAUACAUGUUUAUUGGCGGUCACUACAAAAACGUACGGGAUUGGCG